AUGAAUACUCAGCCGCUACGAUAUCAGAGUCUUAAAAUUGUAUUACUUUAUAUGGAAGCAAAUGUUAGGAUCAAAAUAUCCCAGAGACUGCCAACGAUACGCUCAACAGAAAAACUGGUACCUCUCCGAAUUCGGUUUCUCAGUCUCCAUAGUACUAACACGUAUAUUAACACUACAAGUUAUUUUGUGGGAAUCUAUCGAGUCUUUCAACCUGAUCACAACAUUCCCAAGAGCGUUCAGAAUCAAAAUGACAGAGGUGGAGUCUCAUCUGAUCUGGAUCAAUAUGGCUUUCAAGCUCCAUUGAGUUAUACUCUGGAGGCUGGUGACGUCCCACUUAAAGAGUUGAAUGAUGAGCCUUUUCGUCACGAUACGAAUGAAAUUGAAGAAAGAGAGAAACGAAGUUUGAGAAAUUAUGAGGCCGCGUUGGCACUUAAAAUCAAAUCGAUGAAUACUGAAGCUGAUGUAGAAGAAAUACCAGAGAAUGGCAAUCAAGUGAUUGCAAACAACGCUUGGAUACGUCAACUAUCUAAAUAUUCAUUUGAAAGUCUGAACGAGGGUAUUGCAUAUCACCGUCAUGCCCUCCUUCCAUUCCAUUACCGACGUCACAACUUGAGUCCUCCGUAUACCUCUUAUAUUCAAUUGACGGUGUCUUCUAAAGGAACCAAAAAGCAGAUUCAGAGAUACAUGUAUACAAAGAGACUUCAUGAAGCAGCAAAACAACUCAACACAAUUCUAUUUGGAGGUAGACAAGACGUUAUUCAAGUUCGAUUUUUUAAGAUGCCUGGGUGUUCGAUUUUGAGAUUGCCAGUUGGAUUCAAAAUUCGAAUGGACAGUUUUGACGAAAUAUCAUCGCAAUAUAAUGCAUUGCUUCCAAGAAUUGACAGUUCCAGUUUUCCACUGGAUGAGGUCACUAUCUUACUUGUAAUUGAUGCAGAUCUCAAUGUGGAUGGUUUCCAUUUACCAGCAAUUAGAAGUGCGAAGAAUCAAACUGUUAUUGUGACCUAUUCUGAGGUCUUAUACCCCGCCGAUGAGUAUUUCGCGUUGGCAAGGAGCUGGGUUAAUGACAAGAGACCUGUUGGAACUUGUUAUUUGUUUGGAAUCUGGAAAGAAGAAACAGUUAAAGAACUUCUGAAAUUGAUUAGAACUCGCCUGGAAAACACAAGAAGAACGAAAAGACGUGUAACCGUAUGCAUGGGACACUCAAACAGAUUGGAAGUGUAUUAUGUACCAGCUGAUACUCACAGUAAUCCCGAAUUCAAAUGUCAUGGAUAUAAAUGGAUUCUCACAAUGAGAGUUGUACGAGUUUGA